AUUUUUCUCUAUCAGAUCAUCAGAGUAGCUCGUUUUUCCAUCAUUGUGUUGCUUCCCUCUACGUUCGUUAUUAUUAUAUUCGCGUAUAAAUUGAUUGAUUGAUGAUGAUCGGACUUUGCCCAGAUGCGGAAUUUUUAAGGUCGAGAGAAAAAUGUCGUCCAAAAGUGCGCAGCAGGCGUCAGAUACGAGAACAGAAUUAGCGGAAUUGGUGAAGAGAAGAUCAGAAAUAGCUGAGACACUUGCAAAUCUUGAAAGACAAAUCUAUGCAUUUGAAGGCAGCUACCUGGAAGACACAGCUUUGUAUGGCAACAUUAUAAGAGGAUGGGACAGAUAUCUAACAAAUAAGAGUACCAAUAGUAAGACAGACAAACGAAACAGAAAGUUCAAGGAAGCUGACAGACUGUUUUCUAAAUCAAGUAUUACAUCUCAAGCAUCUCUUGGUCUCACAGAUUCACAGAAUGAAAGGAAACCAGAAACAAAGGAUUCUUCAAGCAAUGCGGAAGGCCCUGUGAUAAAACCUGACAAGGAUUCCACAGACGGUGGGGCUGGCAGUGAAACUGUACCUGAGAUAAAAGAAAGACCUAUUAAUACCAACCGCUCUGGAAAGCUGCACAAGAGCUCACAUGGACAUAAGAAAAGGAAAAACAAGAGCAGACACAGACUGGAAGGUCGUAUAAAGAAAAGUAGAAUGUCUACAGAGGACUUCUGAUUCCAUAGCUUGCUCCUCUCUUCUGCAUCAUCUACAUUUUAAGAUACAGGAUUGUAUCUUUAGGAGCCAGUUUCUCAACCCAUCGGGACGAAGAAUAUUAACUCUUGUUACUGUGACAUGUCUAUGAGAAGCUAAUGGAACAGGUGUCUUUUAACCAUUGAAGAAAAUUACUUAUUUGAAGACUUGUGUGAUCAGCUUUUAUCCUGUAAAUUGGCAACAGUUUUUCUUUCUUUGCUACUUUUAUAUGAAAAAUAGUUGUGGUAAAAUGGAAACGAUCACUGGGAGCCAUCAUAUUCUUUUUAGGAUAUUUCUGAAUAGAAAUGGUCCACUGUAUUAGAUUGCUAUUCCAUUGCACAAAAUAUAACAAAAAACAGUUGUAGCUGUUUGUACAUUGUCCCAUACAUGCUUACCUGUGUGUAGUGCAUGUGUCCUUUGAAAGAAUUAUUGUCAGUUUGAUAUUGUCUGGCAAUUCCAUUGCUUCUCAAAUUUUUCAAAUACAUGUACCAGUUCUUACAUUUAUGCAUGUUAUAAAUAGCCUUUCACAAUCAUGCAGAAGUAGUAUCCUACAUCAUUCAAAUUCACAACUAAAUUCAAAUUUAUCUUUUGAUUUUACAUAUCAGAAAUAAAUGUCUAUUGAUGAAGUCAAAGUUGUCAAUUUUAAGAAAUCAAUGAACUUUUUUUUAAACUUUAAACAUUUUGUGCAUUUGACAAAAUUUGAUGAUGCACUAACCUUAAAACGACCAGAUGUUUUCAUAAUAUGUUAACAAUAUGAAUAGCUGCUGCUUGCACAUCUGUCGAGACCGAAUUUCAUGUCCACUUGCACAGGAUACAUGCCAAUUUGGGUGGGGAGUUCAUUCAGCCCAGCCAUACAAUUCAUAAUAGGUUCAAAUGGGCACAGAAUGUGUUAAAAAGUUCUCUAAAUGUUUUACAUUGUUUUUAGGUUGCUUUCAUCAAAAGUAAAUGGGCUAAAUAACUGACAAAGUGUGGUCAUUUUAUCUUGGCUAUCCAGGAAAUGAAAGUGUAGACUACAGUGAUAACAUAAAUGUAAAUAUUUCUUUCUUUGUAAAGUUGUACAUACAUGUACAUGUAGUUAAAUCAAAGAAAUUGCAAAUAAUGUAAAGUGAUGUGUAUUAUUUUGUACAGAGUUUAAUAUGUAGCGCAUACCCUAAAAACACUAUGGUAAAGUACAAUGGUUGCUGAUCAAUCGCAAAAUUUAAUGAUCCAAUCAUGAUUAAAAAAAAAACAUGCACGUUGUGUUCCAAACACUGACCUGGGGCCCGUUUCAUAAAGGACUUGCAACUGUUGUAACUUUGCCAUUAUGGCAACUACCAUGGCAACCUUGAUUCUGAUUGGCUGCUGAGCCCUGUCACCAUGGUAGUUGCCAUAAUGACAAAGUUACAACAGUUGCAAGUCCUUUAUGAAACAGGGCCCUAUGACAUAAAACUUAGUGAUUGAUCACACUGCUGAUUGAUCAUUUAGCUGAAUUCUGUGAUUGGUUGUACAGAAUAAUUAAUGCAAUUAAUCAUAGAAACUAGCCCUGAAACCAUUCAGAAGUGUUCUUUCAUAUUAUCCAUUACAUACAUUGUGUUUCUGGACCCUACUCAUGAAUGUGUUUUCAAACUAAUGGGUGUUUCUCUUGUGUCAAACCAGUGAUGAUUCAUUUAUUAGUGGAUAGAAUGAAAUACUUUGUAUAAUCAUAUGUACAUAUAUUAGGCUAAGUACAGCUCCUUAUUUGAUGUCAAUUUAUUAACAUUUCAGUAUUUCAGGGGUAUUGAUAUGCAUUUUAAAUAUUUUUUUUUUUUAAAUCAAUCUCAGUCUCAUUUGAAUAAAAUGCAGUCACCUUUGCUAAGAAUUUGCUUGUUACUGCCCAACUUCAAGGCCAAAAUGAAUUCUGAGUUUUUAAUUUGCAGGUUGUAUGCUUCAAAUCAGAUAGUAACUUUGGCCAGGAUUUAAAAUAAAAAUCAUUGAUUCUAUCAUAAUUGCCAUCCUUUAGGUCAGAGAGGAAUGGCCAGUGCUUUAAGAUAUUCUCCUCAGUAAAUUAUGAUUAUAUGAGUUUUGAUUUAUAAGUGUACGUAAAUUUUAAUGGAAUGAAAUAUUAAAACAGUAGCAUUUGCAGAAAAUAA